AUGCCGACAUCGUGGUUGGGUUGGCCCAUUAAAUUACACGCUUGGCGGGAGUAUGAAUGCACCCUCAACACCACCGAGGAAUGCGCAUUUGAGCAAGGCUACUGGCGCUUCUGGUACGAGGCAGACCAUCGCUACGCUCUGCCAACAGUUGCCCUCUUUACCUCAACCAUCGUCCUCUUCGCAUCCGGAUGGCUUGCCAUGCAGCUCACGCCCCUGUCAGUCUUGCGUACACCAUCAGUAAAACGCUUCCUGGCAUUGUGCCGCUAUGCCUCCUACCGACGCUUUCGGAUCGAGAGGUUGAAUUGGAACUCGGCAUCUGUUGGAGUCUUAUUUCUCGGCGCUGUCGGGACGCUGUACUUUUUCUGCAUGACACUCGCGCCUAAGCCGUACUACUGGCCAAACACAUCGGAAGUGGACUACGGCUCGUCGCCUCCGAUCGCAACCCGCUCCGGCUGGAUGUCGCUUGCGUGCUUGCCUUUUGUGAUCAUGGCCGCAGGCAAGAGUAACUGGAUCACACUGGUGACGGGUAUCUCGCACGAGAACCUGCAAGUCUUCCACAGGUGGAUAAGCUAUGCCAUGUUCGUAACCGCGUUGGUACAUACCUUCCCGUUCAUCGUCUACGGCAUUCAGAGCGGCAUGAUCGUGAUGAAUUGGAACACAAGCGUGUUCUGGUGGACCGGAGUAAUAGCGCUGCUGGCGCAGACUUGGUUGACAUUCGCUUCAUUUGCACCACUUCGCAGCCUAUCAUAUGAGUUCUUCAAGCUAACCCACUUCCUCGCCGCCCUGAUCUUCGUCAUCUUCCUCUUUUUCCAUUGCGACUACACUCUAUCGUCCUGGGACUACCUCAUCGUGACUGCCACCUUCUUCACGCUCUCCUGGGCGCACCGCUACCUCCGCGUCUUCGUGGAAUAUGGCUUUCGGCGGGCGAGCGUCAGUCUUGAGCCCAACGGGUUCGUGCGGAUCACCGUGCCGCACAAGUCAGGCUGGACGGUGGGACAACACUACUUUGUCCGGCUUGCCGGAUUGGGAGCGCACGCUCUUAGUGUCCAUCCGUUCACUGCGUGCUCACUGCCAGAUGAGGCAGAUUCAACGAACUCAAGGCUCAUCUUCUACAUUCGUCCUCGCGGAGGGUUCACCGCCCACUUGGCCAAGUACGCCAAAGCGCAAAAGACCGCAACCAUCGGCGUGUUGCUAGACGGGCCAUACGGUGGCGUAGACCUGCGCAAGCUCUGGUCCGCCCAGAGAAUGCUUGUCGUGGCGGGCGGUUCAGGCGCCGGAUGGAUCCUACCGUUCGUCAUCGAGCUUUACCGACGGCUUGCAACAUGCCCCAAGGCGGCUCCGUCCAUGCGGGUGAUCUUGGCGACAAGAGACCUGGCUACGCAAUGCUGGUUCGAGACGGCUAUACGAGAGAUCUUGCUCAGUGAUGCAUCAGGCCGGAUGUUGGAAUUGGUGUCUGUGGAAGUGUAUCUCACAGGUAGCGAGGCGGCUGUCGACGCUACAGGGACGAAAGGCCAGUUGCUGCGCAAGCUCGAAGACCCGGAGAAGGCUGCGGCAGACGUUGCUGAAGACGGUGGGCGGACGAGUUCCGAUGUGUCGAGUUCGAAGCACCACCUUCAGCCGCAUGGCUUCGCCCAUCAUACUUCGCGGCCUAGCCUUCUUAACAUUGUCAGCUCCGAGGCUCACUCAGCCAGUGUACAUGGCUCAGUUGGCGUCUUCGUGUGCGGCCCACUGAGCAUGCAGAAGGAUGUAGCGGAUGCCGUUGCAAAGCAAGAGUUGGAAGCGAUGAGGAGCGGCAAAGCGGAUAUCUAUUUGCAUCUCGAGCAUUUUUCAUGGGCAUAG